CCACGCGAAGGCGCGGUGACGUAGCACGCAAGUGUCCGCAGCUCGAGGCCUGCCAGUGGACGGAAGCGCGGCGCGAGCGCAGAGCCUGUGCGUCGAAGUGGAAAACCGGACGAAAACCAAAUACUCCCGAGCUCCGCGUGAAGCCGCCGGUCCUCGUCCAAACCUGCUCCGGAACUGGCUGCGUCUCUUUUAAGAGGAUUUUUGAAGGGGAAGUUCUUCUUGAAUGCCCAAGACACAGUCAGUACGGUUUUCACCAUGAACAGGAACAAGCGCGAGAAGGAAUAUUACAGCAUAGACGUAGGAGAUUCGACGUUCACCGUUUUGAAGCGAUAUCAGAAUUUAAGACCGAUCGGGUCUGGGGCGCAAGGCAUCGUCUGCUCGGCGUAUGAUCACGUGCUUGAACGAAGUGUUGCAAUUAAGAAACUUAGCCGACCCUUUCAGAACCAAACCCACGCCAAACGGGCCUACAGAGAACUGGUCCUGAUGAAAUGUGUCAACCACAAAAAUAUAAUUGGCUUACUGCAUGUGUUCACGCCCCAGAAGACCCUUGAAGAGUUCCAGGAUGUGUAUCUGGUGAUGGAGCUGAUGGAUGCUAACCUGUGCCAGGUCAUUCAGAUGGAGCUGGACCACGAGAGACUCUCGUAUCUGCUUUAUCAGAUGCUCUGCGGCAUCAAACACCUACACGCUGCUGGCAUCAUACACAGGGAUCUGAAGCCCAGUAACAUAGUAGUGAAAUCGGACUGUACCCUGAAGAUCCUGGACUUCGGUCUGGCCCGGACGGCCGCCACCGGCCUCCUCAUGACUCCGUACGUGGUGACGCGCUACUACCGCGCCCCGGAGGUCAUUCUGGGCAUGGGCUACCAGGCCAACGUUGAUGUCUGGUCUGUUGGCUGCAUCAUGGCUGAAAUGGUCAGAGGUAGUGUGUUGUUUCUCGGCACAGACCACAUUGACCAGUGGAACAAGGUGAUCGAGCAGCUGGGCACGCCGUCUCAGGAGUUCAUGAUGAAGCUCAACCAGUCUGUGAGGACCUACGUGGAGAACCGGCCUCGGUACGCCGGCUACAGCUUUGAGAAGCUCUUCCCAGACGUGCUCUUCCCUGCGGACUCCGACCACAACAAACUCAAAGCGAGCCAGGCGCGAGACUUGUUAUCCAAGAUGCUGGUAAUAGAUGCGUCCAAACGGAUCUCGGUGGACGAGGCCCUGCAGCACCCCUACAUCAACGUGUGGUACGACCCGUCGGAAGUAGAAGCGCCGCCGCCGGUGAUCACCGAUAAACAGCUGGAUGAGAGAGAACACACGGUGGAGGAGUGGAAAGAGCUGAUAUAUAAGGAAGUGCUGGACUGGGAGGAACGAACGAAAAACGGGGUGAUCCGAGGACAGCCGGCCUCACUAGCACAGGUGCAGCAGUGAGCAGUGACUCCCGCGAGCCCUCGACGUCCUCGUCCUCCACAAACGACGUCUCGUCCAUGUCCACCGACACGGACAGCAGUCAGGAGGCCAACGCAGGACCGCUGGGCUGCUGUAGAUGACUAUCCUCCUCCUCCUCCAUCAUCUUCAUCAUCAUCAUCAUCCGCUUCCCGCCAGUCCGGAAACACGCCCUCCUUUCUGUCUCAAACGGACACGCUCUUUAUGAAUUGACAAAGUGUAAGAAGGGAGGUAAGAGUUUUGGAGGGCCUCUUCAAAACCAGCAUUACUUGGAUGGCUUUGGUUCUCUCUUUGCUCCUCCCCUUGCCGUCUGGAUGAGGAAUGAUUCGAGUUUAUUUAUAUUAGAAAGAUGGAUGGGGUGGUAUAUUUUUAAAGGUGUUUUUUUGGAGAGAGAGUCACUAAUUAGCGGAUAAAGGAGUGUUCCCUCACUGUUACUGGAGCCCGCGGAGUUUAGUUGGACGUUUUAGACGUCCGUCGUACAGAAACACGUUUUAAAGUGCUUUUAGGGUCUGUGAGCUUCUCUUUUUAAUGUCAUUGCACACGAUUGACUUGACGUAGUAUUCUCUGUUAAAGCACGUUUGGGCUUUCGAGCGUCACCGUAUGUAAUCUAGUCUGUACAUAUUUCAGCUUUAAACACAGAAAACGGUAAGCCACAGCUUUCGUCGCGCUUCAGCCUGAUGUAAAGGUCUUGUUCGAACACUUCGUUAUUACGGUAUGAAACUCAAUUUGGGUAUUUGACCCACGCGUAUCAAACGCUUUUGAUUUGUAGUAACCAAACUGCAUCUUAUUCAUUACGUUAAGAGAAAAAGAACAGCUCCCAACGGUGAUUUUUAUUAUUAUUUUUUAGUAAAGCCUGAUGGAGCAAUCAUGCUAAAUGAAUGGGGAUGCGUUGGAUUGGAGGUUCAGAGUGGAUCCUAAAGGAACUGCUGCAUUUAAUGGCUGUCUAACGCUAAAAAAUAGCCCAUCGGUAUCAUAUUCUUUCCAUUCUAAUGCCUAGAAGAAAUGUGAUUUGUGUUUACAGUACUAGUGUAUGUAGUGUAAACUCUGCUCCUCCUAAAACGCCAACAUCACGAGCGAAGCCCAUUUGAAUAUUAAUACCCAAGUUUUUAGUUUUGCUUUCAAAACGGAGAAAGUGCCUGAGUUCAGCAUUCAUUCCCGAAUGAUUAGAAAGAUGAAGAAAUUUGGGUGAGGUUUUUCAAAAGUGAUACUGUUCACGUCAUGUUGGAGUGUCUAUUUUUCUAUCGUACUGGACGUAUGUGAUGUCGGUUGAAAGGUCGGGGCAUGUUGAGCAGAUGAUCUGUAAAGGGACGCUUCCUCAAGCAAGGUCUUUCAUCAAAGUAAUAGCAAAUUGGAACCUUUUUGUGUGUGUGUGUGUGUAUGGUUUGCAGCUUUAUUUUGUUUAUGGAAAUAUGCAAGAUACUGCAUCAAAUGCUGUAGGUGGGAACUUCAUUUCCCAUGAGGCAAUGCUGUGGAAUGUACCCGCGGGAAUGAUGGGAGUUGUAGGAACUGAAGGUUUGAGUUCGCAUAAGGAUCAGCAUAUGAUUUUUUUUUUUUUUCCUUAUGAGCAUAUGAGUUGCAUCCCAGGCAUUUUUGUUUUCCAUUUUAAGUGCUCUUAAGUUUUCUUUGCUCUCUUUAGGGAAGUUAUUUAGGAUUUUUCAUAGCAUUUGCUUUUAUCUCAUCUCUCAAAAAUGUUAUAAUUCAGAUCAAAGUAGGCUUUGAUGAACUACCUCACUCUAAAUUUCUACAGUUUCUUUUUUUUUUGCGACGUAGCUGCCCGUAAGAUGGAUGUUAAUACAGAUUUCAUUAUUUAUUUAUUUCUAAAGUGAACUAUUGUCAAUAGUAGGCAACGUAUAGUUUUGUACAUUAUGUAUACUUCACCUAGAAGUAAAAGAACUGAAAUGUAAAUUUGAUCUUUUUUUGUUUAAUUUUACUAUGUACUCAUUUUUUACAGUUCAUGUGCAAUACCCACUGCUGUCAUGCUAGUUGUAAUUGAUAGAUCUAGACUUAUUAGUUUUAUGUACCCAGAGGUAGAGAUAUGUUUGGUACUGUCAGAUACAUUCAUGUUUUUGUCUUUUUAAAUCUGGAUUUUUUUAUUUUUAUUUUUUCCUUUUGGCUUAUACUGUCAAAGUGUUACAUAACCCAUCUUACCAAAAACAAAUCUGUGGCUGAUGUUGGCAAGUUUUUUUUUUAUGUUGAGCCACUGGACUUUAAUCAACCUGGUGAGUCCGAUUCAAAGACAUCUGUAAAAUAUCUCGAAAUACCAAUGUGUUAAGGUUCGGGGCUGGUGUGUAAUAUUUGCUAGCGAUGCCAGCCCUACAUUUAGUUCUAAAUUGCUAGCUCUAUGUGUGCUACGGCAUACAGACACUGAGAAGUGCACUACUACAAAGAAUGCACUGGGAUCUUAUGAUACCAAUUGUAUAUGUACUGCAAAUAAACACCAGUUUGAAUCAGAA